AUGAGCACAAGAAGCAAAUUAGAUAUGAAUAAUAUAAUAAGAGAUUCUAUCAAUGAAUUAUUCCAAGAUGCCGAUUUCAUAGGCCAAUUGACAAAAACGCUGUCUGAUAAAAUUGAACAAAAACUCAAAGCCAUAUCGGAAGAAAUAAAAAGUCAGAAUGAGAGACUGAUAUCGGUUGAACAAAAACUCGAUUCCAUCCAGCAGCAAACUAAAUCUAAUAAUGUGUGUAUAUACGGGGUACCCGAAAUGAAUAAUGAAAAUACGAAAGAUGUCAUACUCGAAAAUCUCUCCUCGAAUUCGGUGAUAAAUCUCCAAGAGAGGGACAUAAUAAGCUGCUUCAGGGUCGGGACUCCCUCUAAUAAUAAGAAGAAACCCAGACCUAUUAUACUGAAGUUUCGAGACCCAAAAGAAAAAGUCAAGUUAUUUAAAAAUGUGAAAAACUUGAAAAAUAAAUCAAUAUUCAUAACAGAAGACUUAACUCACAAUAGAAGAAUCCUACUAAAGUCAGCGAAAACAUCACUUCCAGGCAAAAAAAUAUGGACCUUCAAGGGGCAGAUUUUUAUCAAAAUAAAUGAUACCAAUGUGAAGAUUUCUUCAAUGCAAGAUAUUCAGCAGUACGCUGGAUAAAAAAUAUAAUGAAUGAUGAAUAAUUAACCCCUUAUUACUAUUUAGUUUAUAAAAGUAUAUUUCACUCAUUUUGUUCUUUGAUAUAUGUUAAUAUAACCAAAUGUAGGAGUAGUUUUGAUGCCACAAAUGGCAUGCUAACAUUCUUUAUUCAACUUUAAUUUUCUAU